GUGCCUCCCUUCAAACUAUUGACAUAUGGUGCAGCCCAAAGCCCUCUCACCCUUCUGCUAAUGCUGCUGUGCUAGCACUCUCAAGGCAUCAUGGUGAAGUUUGCAGCGUUUGUUCGUGAGCACUGGGUCAAUAUCCUGGUGCCCAUGGGUUUCGUCAUGGGUAUUUAUCUGGACCGGUGGAAUGACCAGAAACUCACGGCGUUCAGGAACAAGAGCGCUUUAUACAGCAGGGAGCUGAAGCCCGGUGAGGAGUACACCUGGAAGUGAGGCUCCGCCACUGAUAUUUAUUGGAUCUGAUUCCCACCAUGUGUAUAUUGUCUGUCCAGCGACUGUGUCUGAUUGCAAACAUGCUGCAAUAAAUUGUCAGUUUAGUUCUGUAA